AUGAAUGAACAAUUAGCAGCCAAUCAAGUGAAAGUCCAGGAGCAAUUAGAAGCUAAUCAAGCGGAAUUAACUAAUAAAUUAGUAGAGAGUUUUCAGAAACUUGAUGAUAAAUUAAAUAAAACGGUGGAAGAAUUGAAAAUUCAGAAUGAAAAGACAGAAUUAAAAUUAGCUGCUCAAAUUGAGCAAAUCACUCAGCAGUGUAAUGAAAAAGCGAAGAAGUUACGCCUAGACCUAACUGAGUAUGUUGCUACUAAGCUUGAUACUAAUAAAGAGCAGGUCGAGUCAAUCUCACAGAUAGUUCAAGCACAAGAACAGAUGCAAUGUUCUAUCGCGGUAAUUCCGGUAUUAGUUGAAGUUCAAGAUGAAAUAAAGCAACAAGUAAAUGAGAUGUCAGCAGAUAUGCAGAAUUUGAGACAAUCACAAGACAAGAUCCCGAAGGACAUCCAAAAUUUGGAUAAAUCCAUAAAUAACAUAAAGGAGAGACAAGACGAGGUUGAUCAUAAGGUAAACAUUCUCGCGGGAAAAUUCUCGCAGUUAAGUUUAGAAAGGCAAACCAUUUCUUCAGACAAUAUAGAACAUAAGGUCAGAGCAGCUAUGCCAUCUAUGACCGAGAGUUCUGAAGAAAAUUUAUUUAAUAAAGGUUUUCGAGAAGCCAUAGAACAACUAGGCGAAGAACUUAAACAAUGGAAAGAAAACAUUGAGAGAUUAUUAAAUCUAUCUUGA